GUAAGGGUGAUGCGCACUGAGAAGCCCCCCAAAAGGCUGUUGCUUCGCUUACAGGACUCACACGAGGAUGGAUAGAGUUUUUGCGUAACGGUUGAAAUGUCCGACUUCCACAACCGGAGCCAAACCAGCGCACGUCGCAGUGACUAUGUGUGGCAGUAUGAAUAUUAUGACGACGAAGAGCCCGUGUCGUUCGAGGGACUCAAAGCGCACAGAUACUCCAUCGUCAUCGGCUUUUGGGUUGGACUCGCUGUGUUCGUGAUUUUCAUGUUCUUUGUUCUCACUCUGCUCACAAAGACAGGAGCGCCACAUCAAGAUAACCCAGACUCGGCUGAAAAGCGUCAUCGACCGGGAAGCUGUCUGGUAGACAUUGAUGGUCACCAGGAUGAAAAUGACAAAGCCUUCUCACGUCCGUUGCUAGCAGGAUCCCGUUCAUAUUUUAAUUUCUACAUCAAUGAGGAAGACAAGGGUCACGGGAAGCAAAAAGUAGAAGAAAAGAGAGCUGGAAAGCACACCGGGGCCCGAGCCGAGCAGGGAACCUUCAACCGGAACAGAGGUGUCAGCUCCUCUGGGAUGGACGAGAUGGAAGAAGACAUUGAGGAGGCUGGGGUCCACCAACAGCUUACUGGACUAAUAGAACAGAGCAAGACAGACAGAGAGUGCACCUUUCUUUCUCACUUCAACAUCCCCAACUUUGUCAACUUGGAUCACAGUUCAACUCUUGGAGAGGAUGAUCUGCUAUAUGAGCCCUCAGUCAUACUAGAGCGUCAGUCUAAAUCUCACGAUGCUCACUUUGACAUCCACUAAGGCUCAUCCUGCAGAUAAGCAUGGUUAUAGUGGUAUCGUAACACCAUUUGCUUUUUCAGAGGGUCAUUUAUGAACUGAC